AUGGAUAUCAUCGAUGACCACUCGUUCUCCUUGGGGUCUUUGGAACCGCCUCUUUCUCCAGCCCUUGAAAAUGAACCGACUGGCUUGACUACUACCACCACCAACAAGAAUGAACUAUGCUCGCCAUCCAACCUCGCAUCGACUGCCAACUACGUCAACAUUCUUUUAACAGCACACAACUAUCCUGCUCCACUGAUCUUUGACAGCAACAACGAUCAAGACACCUGCAAUAUUGUCAACUGUUUAUAUACACUCCUUAAGGACAAACAAAGAGAUGAUCAUCAUCGUGCAGAGUUGGAGCGUCGAGUAUCAGAGCUUGAACAAGGUCAACAAGAGCUGGAAUCCAAGUUGGAAAAAAGCCGGCAGGAUUUGGAUCAAAGCAGGCGAGAGUGUAUACAAUUAAAGGCCAAAGUCGAUUCGGCAAACAAAAAGGUCAAAGCAGAGGCUGAUAAACGGCGAGCCAUCACGACAGAGUUAACACAAGCCAAACACAACAUGCAAUAUAUAAAGGCGCAGUAUGCGCAUGAUACCCGCAAACAUGAACAAGAACAAGCAAAGACCCGAGAGCGAUUAUACAAGUUGAUGGAUGAAAAACAAAAGGCAAAUGUGCCCUCCAUGGUGAUCAAUGAUCCUUUUCCCGGAAGUGCGAGCUACAGCAAGGACUCUGAAGAAGUAUCUGAGGAGCGGGCCAUGUACACAGACCUCUUGAGGAAAAGCAGUGAUCGUGAAAAGAGCGCAUUGAGAGAAGCGGAUACCUUCAGGAAGAUUGUCGUCGACCUUUAUAGCACCGUAUCGGAUCUGCUUUCUCGGCAAAUAAGGAAUUACAAUGACACAUUUCCUUCCACAAAGAAUGACAAAGGGGAACGUGAUUAUCCACUAUUGCAGUUGCCAUUGGAGAUUGCAGGAUCCACAGCUAUUGAUCGUGUCCAUGAUCUGCUGGCCAGACUCAAGGAAGAAUGGAAUCGACAAAUUGACAUGCGCAAAGUAUACAGCGAAGAAGAUAUGGCAGAGAAGGAUGAAAUGAUAUCACGAUUGGAAGAAAGCAAUGAUGAACUGGUGGAAACGUUAAAAACGUGCCUGGAAGCAUGCGAUCGAAAAGUGCAAAUGUACAUGCGAUUUACUGACGGAGCCUUCUUUGACAACACCCCUCCCAAUGCCAAUGUCGAGCUUUCUGAUUCAGAGUCUUCUGUGUAUGAGGAUGCAACUUCUGAAAACAAGCUACGCCAACUCUUAUCAAGAGCCAAAGCAGAACAACGUAAAGUAACCGAAGCUGCCAUCAAAUUGGGUGAUGACCGAAAAAAGCUAGAGGCGGAACGUUGGGCAUUUGAUGAGAUGAAACGCACAUCGCUUAUGCAAGAUUUAUUAUCAGGGGAUGACCAAGAUUUACCAAGGAAUCGUCGACAUAGUCAAAUCUCAAAUAACAACAACAAUCCAAGGAAACGACAUCGAAUAGCCAAUAAUGAUCCACUAUCACCACUACAUCCAAACCUCCCCACAACAUCACCAUCAUCAUAUCGAGUAUAA